AACAGCAGACUCAGCUGAACACGUCCAACUAACAAUUCUACAACAAAUUAUAAAGCAUACUCGUACAUAUUUAUUUAUUGGUUUUAUUGGCAUUUCUACUGCCCGCAUGAAGGUAAAUUCUUUCAAUGGAAAAUAAUUGUAUUGAGCCCAAGCGAGAGGGCUCUUCAUGCAACAGAGAAGGAGGCGACAUGGAAGUGCCCGUUGGUGGUGGUAAGGAAUCAACGGAGAGGAGCACUCGGCUAUCGCGACAGCACAUCGUAAGGCUUUCGAUUGCCGAACAGGUUGCCAUCUAUCGCACCAAUGAGGCAAUGCGUCCGCUCUGCGAUAGCGUUUGGCGCCGCAGCCAUAAGCGCCUGGAUUUUCGCCAGCUGGAGCGGGAGUUGAGUGGCGAACCGUUGAGCUUCUUUGUCAAUCACAUGAUGGAUAAUUAUCGCAGCGCCUAUUUCAUAGCGGAUCGCCUCCAGGAGAAUCUCAAUGUGCUGGAGCGUGCCGGUGUCAGGGCGCUCAUCAAUGUACAUCACUGUAAGCUGCUGCUGUCGUCGUCGGAGUCGCAACGCCAGAAUGACGAUGGCGAUGCUCAACAAGUACGUGUUGCCGCUGUUCUGGGCGGCGCCCUGAUGCCCCAGUGGCCGUUGCAUGCCUUGCCCAAGAUCCUGUGCAAUUUGCGACGCCUUAAGGUGCACUGUGACGUCCAAGUGCAUUUUAUCCAGCAGUUCCCACAGUUGGAACAGUUGAUGCUCUGUGGCAAUGUGUCACAAUCGGCACUGACCGGUAUCCUUGAGCGUUGCAAGCAGCUGGAUCACCUAUUUAUCAAGUGUCCCGAGCCAACGUUCAGUCUGCACGGCAUCAUCAACCUGAGCAAACUGCAGGAUCUAUCGAUUCCCAUGAGCAUGUUUUUGGAUAUACACGAAAAGGUUUUAUCCCUGCCGGAAUUGCAUUAUCUGGAACUAACCAAAGGCGGUCAAAAUUCGGAGGAGCUGACCAUCGAGUGUUUGGGCCAUAUGCUGCAGAUCAGGCCGAAUGACAUUGAGAUUGUGCGGCUGAACUGCAGCCGCUUCAAGGGAUCAGACUGGAUGCGUGAACUGGAUCUGCAACGCUGCGGAAGACUGCAAGGACUUGUGCUGAACAAUUGUCGCUUCCAUGAGCGCAAGAUCUGUAAUAUGAAUAUGCCGUAUGUGGCCAAUUAUCUGGUAUUGAGUGGCUGCCCCGAUCUCAGCGACUCUCAACUGGUGGACAUGAUCAAGAAGUGUUCACACCUAUCCGAGCUCUAUCUAAUCGAUUGUCCGCUGCUCAAUGGCCAAGUGCUCUACGAAAUUUAUCGCAUUCGACACAAUCUGAAGCUCGAUUAUCCUCUCAGCAUCAUUCUGGACCAGUGCGAGCUAAUCAAAACGGAGUAUCAGAAGGCGUACGCGGCUUACUGGGUCUUCAGACAGUCAGUCAUCAAGUUGGACUGUUUGCUUGAGGAAAAUACAACAUUUCAAAACUUGCAGACAUUUUUCUUUAAGAAAUAAAACGCUCCCAUUGCAUGAACACAUCAUCAUCAUCAUCAUCAUCAUCAUCAUCAUCAUCAACAAUCGGCAAAUGAAAAUACAAGAAAGAAAAAGGAAGAAGAAGGCUCCAGUGAAGUGUUCUCGGAACAAGACUCAUCUGCCAAUGGUUUUCACCGUCUCAAUUAUAUUACUAUUAACAGUUUCGGAUAGUUUGCAAGCAGUUGUUUAAGGUGUAUUGUACUGAUUUCAUGACACCAGUAAAGCAACGUAUAUCAUAUACAUGACA